AUGAGGAAGGUGGCCAGGUGGGACGGGAGCAAAGCGAAGCCCUGGGCUUGUUCCCUCCUCCAGGUGCGAGGCCGGGAGAACUUUGAGAUCCUGAUGAAGAUAAAGGAGAGCCUGGAGCUGGUGGAGCUGGUCCCACAGCAGCUGGUUGACUCGAGCCAGCUGCAGACACCUUCCUCCUACGGCCCCGUCCUGUCGCCCAUGAACAAAGUUCACGGUGGAGGAAUCAACAAGCUGCCCUCUGUCAACCAGCUGGUGGGGCAGCCGGCACAGCACAGCUCCAGCUCCACGCCCAGCCUGGGGCCCAUGGGCCCCGGGAUGCUGAACAGUCACCCCAUGCAGCCCAACGGAGAGAUGAAUGGGGGCCACUCAUCCCAGUCCAUGGUGUCCGGGUCACACUGCACCCCCCCGCCGCCCUACAACCCCGACCCCAGCCUCGUCAG